CAUGGCGUCUUUUGUGUUGUUUGGAAGUUCAUGCUAGUAGUUCAGACCAAAAUUAUGACUAAAAUUGCUGAAAUAUCGUAGAAAUUAUUUAAAUAAGUAAUCGAACGUAUUAUGUCUUGCCAUAUUACACGUGUAUGCGCUUUGUGUCUUUGAUUAAAUAUUUUAUUGUCAACAAAAUGGACGAGUUAUGGUCGAUGCUAGCUCAUUUUAACUUAAAGUAGCUAAAUAAAUGAACUACAAAAGGACUACUGUUAUUAAAAAGCAACAAUGCUGGGGUUUCUAUCAUCACGGCAGGCUGGGCUGGAUGAUCCUCUGAGACUGAGACGAGCAGAAUCAACUAGAAGGGUUCUGAGUCUGCAGUUGAAUCCUGACAGAGAUGUAGACAGAAUUCAUGGAAAUGGCGUCAAUACCAUUGACAUUGAUGUGGUAGAAGGCCGAUACAUGUUGUCCGGAGGUGCUGAUGGUGUGAUUGUCGUCUACGACCUAGAAAACUUCACUGGAAAAACACAGUACACCUGCAAAGCUGUCUGUACAGUGGGAAGGUCAAAUCCCCAUGUGCACAAGUUCAGCGUGGAGACUGUGCAGUGGUAUCCGUACGACACAGGGAUGUUUGUCUCCAGCUCAUUCGACAAAACCAUGAAGAUCUGGGAUACAGAGACACUUAAGCCUGCCGAAGUCUUCGAGUUUGAGACAAACGUGUACAGCCACCACCUGUCUCCCAUUGCACGAAAGCACAGCCUCAUCGCAGUGGGCUCCAAGAACCCAAAGAUCCAGCUGUGCGAUAUGAAAUCUGGGUCAAAGAUACAUGUUCUUCAAGGGCACAGAGCUGAAGUUUUGUCUGUGAGGUGGUCGCCCAGAUACGAGUACAUACUGGCCAGUGCUAGUGCGGACAGUAAAGUGAAGGUGUGGGACGUGCGGCGGGCGACGGGCAGUUUGUUUACGUUGGACCAGCACAACGGAGACAAGUCCAAAGCCGCCUCAGAAGCAGCAAACACAGCCCAUAAUGGAGUGAACGGUCUGUGCUUCACUGGAGACGGUCUGUACCUGCUCACCACUGGGACGGACGACCGAAUGAGACUCUGGAACAGCGCUUCAGGGGAGAACACGCUGGUAAAUUAUGGGAAAGUUUGCAAUGAAAGUCGGAAGCGGCUCCAGUUCUGCGUGUCCCGAGGCUGCAGCCCUGAGUUUGUGUUCGUGCCGUGUGGGAGCUCUGUGGCCGUGUACGCGCUUCACACGGGGGAGCUGGUCACUAUGCUCAGAGGACACUACAACAAUGUGGACUGCUGCGAGUUUCACCCAGACUAUCAGGAGUUGUACAGCGGAGGUAAAGACUGUAACAUUCUGGCCUGGGUUCCUGUUCUGCGGCCCCCAGAUGAGGAAGAAGAGGCCGAAAGUGCAAAAAAGAAUCCUGCUGGAGCGACAUCCUUGAAUCCUGCUUUUCAGGACGCAUGGAGCAGUGAUGAAGACUGAUUGCUGAAGACUGGUUUUGUCCUUAAAUAGACUCGGUUUGGUCCUGGUCUAGUCCCUUUGAAAUAUGAACGCAGCGUGAUUCACUAAAGACUGUCAAGAGGAAACACAAAGGGACGUCGUCAGAGAUCAUGGUUGAUUUAAAGCGGGUGAUGCUUUAACCGCCUUAUGUAAAUAUUUUUUUGUUUUGUUUUUAUGUACAUUUGAUCAUGAAUUUUUUCUGCUCGUUUUAUUUGAAGUAAACUUUGAAAUUUGCACAGAAAGUGUUGUAUUGAGUCUUGAGUGCACUAUGUGACUUUUCUCCUGGAUUCUGCAUGCUGCCUUAUUCUCCAUGGAGCUGUUAUCACUUUGCCUGUUGCUUUCAUUCAGUGCAGGUGAUUUAUUUUGCCCAAAACACCUUUAAAAACAUAAAUUCUUACUUUGAAAGGGGCGUCACUUUUUUUUUUAGAUAGGUAGAGAUUGGUUUCAUAGUGCACUUUAACUUUAUUUAUCCUGAGGGAAUAUGAUUUAACACAUUACUGGUAACAAAGCGCAAACAGAAAACAAAUUAAAUAUCAAUUAAAACAGAAAUAAACUUAAAGCUAAACUGAGAGGAGGUGUGUUUCAGCGGUGGGAGAGAGUAACUAUGCUUAAUGUCCACAUGGGAGGCUCUGUGACAGUCCCAGGACAAUUUGCAUUUGUUUUCAAGCUGACAGCGUCUGUGAAACCAGCAGCAAAUGACAGUGAAACCCCGGUUAGGAAACACACACAUUUGCACACUUGUAUUAGAAUAUAUGUUAAAUUAUGACAGGGAUUUUGAUGUUAUAUUUUUGUACUGCCAUUUCUGUAUUCAUGUUCUUUUUGAGAAAGCACAAUAAUAAAUAGUUUGACCUAGA